AUGGAUUCGUCACCGCCGCCCAAUCCAUCCAUGUCCUGUCUGCCCGAAGCCGAAGGUUCAGAAUCGCCGGCAAAGGCAAAUAAGAGCCCAAAACUUCCCUCUCUCAAAAUUGGGAAUGAACAAAAUGCUGCAGGAAUGACUGCGUCCUCUACACCCCUAGGCAACAUCAAUGCGGCUCGAAGGCCAGGUCUACCGGCCGCUCCGGUUCGCAGCAGUCAGCUACCUCAAGAUGUCCAGGCUCGGAUGAAAGCUUUCCAGCUUUCAAGACAGGGCCCACCUCCGGGACAGCCUGCUCGUAGUGUUUCAACGACUGGCACUGGGACUACGGCAGGGUCCAAGAUACCAUCAAUCGCUAGUCCACCUCCGAAUGGAUUGCUCUCCGCUGGCCUCUCUUCUCCUACAUCACUCAACCCAAACAGCCCUCUGGCCGGCGGCCCGGGUGAUUUCAGUCCUGCUUCAGGUGCAAGGCCUCUACCGCCCAAUUUCAACUCAGCUCCAGUCGUGCCAAAAAUGGGCCAGAACCCAAAGAAAGGAUUGGCGGCUAAACGAGGCAUGAACAUGGGCAUGAAGUUAUCAGAUGCUAGUGGACCAUCUCCGGCGCCACAAGAGAAGCAGUCAGGAUCAGACGUAUCCUCGGAAAAGCCAGCCCCGCCAGCCGGCGACAAGCCUGAUUCUCUGUUCAACAAGUACGCGGAGUAUGUUGAUACAAAAACCGGCACUCUCAGAUUCAAGGGGAAGGCUACCCUACAUGGGCAAGGAAUCGAGUUUUCAAGUGGGAGCAGCUUCAACAUCUCUCUGGAUGAAGUCGAUACUUUGGACGAACUUGGAAAGGGCAACUAUGGUACGGUAUACAAAGUUCGUCACAGCAGACCUCGCAUUCGGAAGCCAGGGCAAGGCCUUAGCGGUAAUCGUGCACCAACCUUGCCCUUGGAAUCUUUGGACAAAGAUGGUGAACAGGACUCCCCCAUCUCCCCUGUCGCAAGUAAGACGACCGGGGUAGUCAUGGCGAUGAAGGAAAUCCGAUUAGAGUUAGACGAGGCGAAAUUUGCAGCAAUCAUCAUGGAGCUCGACAUUCUUCAUCGUUGUGUCUCCCCCUAUAUCGUUGAUUUCUAUGGGGCCUUUUUUCAAGAGGGUGCUGUUUACAUAUGUAUGGAGUUUAUGGAUGGUGGAUCAAUAGACAAAUUAUACGGCGAUGGCGUACCUGAACCUGUCUUACGGAAAAUUGCAUUGGCUACAGUGAUAGGCUUGAAGAGUCUAAAGGAGGAGCACAACAUCAUACAUCGUGACGUCAAACCAACGAACAUUCUUGUCAACACAAAAGGCCAGGUGAAAAUAUGCGACUUUGGUGUAAGUGGCAACCUAGUAGCUAGUAUUGCAAAGACAAAUAUUGGCUGUCAAAGCUACAUGGCACCCGAAAGAAUCUCUGGCGGAGGUGUUGCGCAAGCGGGCGCAAAUCCUGGGGGAGGCACUUACAGCGUUCAGAGUGAUAUUUGGAGCUUGGGCUUGACGAUCAUCGAGUGUGCCAUGGGUCAAUACCCUUACCCACCGGAAACCUAUGAUAACAUAUUCAGCCAGCUUAGUGCCAUCGUUGAUGGGGAGCCACCCGACUUACCGACAGAUCGUUUCUCCGAAGAAGCCCGAGAUUUUGUAAGAGGCGCUUUGAACAAGAUCCCGAAAUUGAGACCAACGUAUGCAAUGCUCUUGCAACAUCCUUGGCUAUCUGUCAUGCUCAAGCCACCUACGAUUGCAGAGGAAGAUGAGGAGGGCGAUGAGCCGGGCGACACCGGAAUAGCUAGCGCCCCUGGGGUUGUCGAUGAGGAGGUCUCGAAAUGGGUUCUCCAGGCGUUAGAACGAAAGCGCAACAAUUCCAUGACGAAAAAGGCCAAACCAGCACUACACGCUGCUCCGCUAGAUACCGUUCCAAACCCUGCGUGA